CGCACUCUAAAUUGAUUUUAUAAUACCUUCGUGGAUAUUAAUUUAUGGACUUUUUUGAUCGGCCCAAAUGCAUAGAUCACCAAAAUAUCACGAGGCAAUAUGGAUAUAAACAAGAAAAGGAGGGGUAAAAUUGGGAGAUCAAAUAAACGCCUAAAACCCUAGCCAUACCCAGUAGGUUCAUUUCAUCAACCUUUAUAUAACCCAACAUCGCCCCAAAUAUUUCUCAUUCUAUUUUCAAUUUUGAGUUUACCUCUUUCAACUCUGCGUUCAAUCACUCACACAGAGAUGAAGAUAAUCGCUGCUUACUUGCUCGCCGUUCUCGGAGGAAACCCUAGCCCUUCCGCUGAAGAUCUGAAGCAUAUCCUCUCCUCUGUUGGAGCUGAAGCUGAUGAUGAUAUGAUAGCGCUUCUUCUGGCACAAGUUAAGGACAAAGAUAUCACUGAGCUCAUUGCAGCUGGCCGCGAGAAGUUGGCAACUGUUCCUAGCGGUGGUGCCACCAUUGCUGUUGCUGCAUCUGCAGACUCUGGUGGUGCCGCUCCUGCUGCAGAUGAACCCAAGAAAGAGGAGAAAGUUGAGGAGAAUGAGGAAUCCGACGAUGAAAUGUGCUUCAGCCUCUUCGACUAGAGGGUGCUUCUGUGAACUCUGCGGCUUACGUACAUAAUUCCCAGAUAGACGCUCUAAUUUCUGUGCUUUGACUAGUUACUAUUUUCUGUUCAUUUUGUUUCUUGUCAUUGCGCUCUUAACUCAGUAGACGAAAGUUUUAGCGAUUAAAGACGCAUUUCGAUGUAGCCACGAUGGAUAGUUGGUUUAUAUCUUUUUAUCGGUAUGUAUAAAAGUUUUUGUUACUAUGACUGUUAACGACAAUCUUGAGAGACGAAGUUACUUUUUCGCCAGUUGAUUCGGGAUUGUUAAAAUCGUUUAUAUUUGUC